AUGGCCGAAGGAAAAAUUAGCUUCGAAUUUCACGAUGAAGAUUUUAAAGAAAUCGAAAUUGAAGACCAAUCCUCCCCUUCUCGCCCAAGUCUUAUUUACAUACCUAAAUCUGUCUCAUCCUCAUUAAAUAACAACUUUCAAACAAAUGAAUCUGCACCUCGAACUCCUCAGCAGCUAUCUACUCCUAUGAUAAUUCCAAUAAGUGAAAGAGAUCUUAAGUUCACUCAAUGUAUUAGAUAUGCGAAAUUUAUCAGAAUAAUGUCAAUCCUAGAAUCAUUGUUUACCUUUAUUUUUCUUAUUGCUCCUGAUGGUAUGAAAUUUUUGAUGUUUUUAAUUAUUGUUCCAGUCAUUGGCUUCCUUGCAGGAAGAUAUUAUAAGAUUUGGCUUGCGGUUACAUAUUUAGUUUAUAUUGUGCUGCUAGCUAUAGUGAGAAUUAUUUUAAUGGCAAUUCUUUAUGAUGCUUUGCUUACUACUUUAGAGGUUUUAGUUAUUGUAAUUGAUAUCCUUGUGGGUAGAAUUUUAUGAAAGUUUAUUGCAGCUCUAAGAAUGCUGACAGAAAGUGAAAGGAGGGAUUUGAGAAUUUUACAAAAUGGGGUUAAGAAGGGCAGCCAUAUGCAGCAGCACACAGAUCAGUUUGGGCCUGCUAAUUUAAUAAGAUAA